UAGUAGACUUCGUCCAACAAUUAUCAACGUGUUGUAUUUUUUACACAAUUUAUAAUUUGUUUAUAUCCAAAAUAAGUUUUUAAAAUACAAAAAUAUUUUAUAAAAAUGUCAAACAUUAAAGAGUUGAUGACAAGAAAAGAGAAUUGUCAUUAUUUUGUACAACGAAAAGAACGUUAUUGUCGAAUGAGUACAAAAGAAGGAAAUAAUUUUUGUGGUGAACAUAUUUACUUGUCAACUGAAGAUGACACAAGUAAACAAAAAAAUAUAAAAGAUAAAAGAAUUCCAUGUCCACUUGAUAAUAGCCACACAUGUUCUGAGGUGAAAUUGGCUAAACAUCUUAAAGUAUGCAAUGCUAAAAAAUUAAUGGAUGCAAGUCCAGGCUAUAUUAUUGAUGGAAUAAAUAGUGGAGAUAAUUUAAACAUUGAACAUAAAGCUCUGUCUGAUCUUGAUCAACAAGUUGUCGAUAAUAUUAUUCGAAAAGUCGAAAUUGCUUAUGAUAAACUACCAAGUGUUGAUGAAUUAAUUCUGAAACAUGAUGUGUUGGCUUCUGAAUUAAAAAAUCCAUUAUAUGGUAAAAAUGUUAAAAAACAUUUGAUACAAAAUUCUUCACUACUUGCUCAUAUUGAGAGAGCUGGACUUGCCAAAGAUGACACUUGUUUCAUUGAAUUUGGUGCUGGAAAAGGAAAAUUAACUUACUGGCUUGCACAAAUGCUGAAAAAUAGUGAAAAAACAACGAUAAUGCUGGUUGAUCGUUCAAGUCAUAGACACAAAAAUGACAAUAGAUUAAAAAAUGGACAAUCAACAGUUAAUGUCAUUCGUAUACGAGCAGAUAUUGCCGAUUUAUGUUUAAGUAAAAUUGAUGAAAUUAAAACAAUCAAGCAUAAAGUUGGAAUAGCUAAACAUUUGUGUGGUGCAGCAACAGAUUUGACAAUUCGUUGUCUAUCAAAAUUAAUGGAAGAUGAUAGUAAUUCAGGUGUUGCUGGUUUAGUUGUUGCAUUUUGUUGUCAUCAUCAGUGUAAUUAUGGUUCUUAUACUGGAAAAAAAUUUUUAGAAACAUCUGGUUUUACACCAGAAGAUUUUACAAUUUUAUGCAGUAUAGCAAGUUGGGCAACAUGUGGUUUUUCAAAAAUUCCUAAAGACAAAAUGGAUUCAUCAAUUGAUCAAAUAACUCAAAAAAUGGAGUUUGAUAGAAAAGAAUCAAUUGGUCGAAAAGUAAAAUCAUUACUCAAUUGGGGAAGAAUUGAGUAUUUAAAAAAUUUAGGUUUUCAAAGUAGUUUGUAUUUUUAUACAACUCGUGAUAUAUCAUUAGAAAAUGUUUGUGUUGUUGCCACAAGAAAAAAUUGA